CAAUGCCCUUCAGCCACCCCCAGGGGGAGAGAUGCAGAGAGACACUCCCCUGGUGUCACCGUCUGCAGCCCCAAAUGCUGUGGUGGCUGUAGACCAAGAUGCCAGCACAUCAGGGGACCCAAGCAAGAGUGAGACUGGGUCCCCCACCAGCCCCCAAACCCUGCGGAAGCCCAGCAUGUCAGCGGUGAUUCUGAAGGCUGUGGCUGACAAGGGAGUUCACAGCCGUGUGUCCCUUGCUGCCUUGAAGAAAGCUCUGACCACCACAGGCUACAAUAUGACCCACAACAGCUGGCGCUUCAAGCGUGCACUCCAGAAUCUACUGAAGAAAGGCAUGCUCAAGCAGGUGACUGGCAGGGGUGCCUCGGGUUCUUUCCGCCUAGGCAAAAAGCAGGCCUUCAAGCCCAAGCGCAAGGCCAAGAGACGCCAGCGUAAAGUGCGGAGGCAAAAGCCUGGGCAGCGCCGCCGCCGGUCUGGACCACGCCAGUCAUCACCAGGCUCCAGAAAAAGCCGUAACCGGCUUUUGAAAGGAGCUCGUAGGGUGGCCAAAGGCCGCCAUUAA